CCGGUAGGCCGCGCACCUCGUGUUCGGCGCGGCAGGAUGGUGGGCGUGGGCCCGAAGCGGCGAGCGCCGGCCGCCCAGGCGGCGGCGGCAGAGGAGGAGCCGCAGGCGCGGGAACACAUGCUUGGGGCGCGGCGAGCAGAAGGUACUGAUGGCUUGGAGAGCGAGGGUGUGACCCUGCAGCGCAACAUUACGCUGCUCAACGGCGUGGCCAUCAUCGUAGGCACCAUCAUCGGCUCGGGAAUCUUCGUGACGCCUACCGGUGUGCUCAAGGAGGCGGGCUCACCCGGGCUGGCGCUGGUGGUGUGGGCUGUGUGUGGUGUCUUCUCUAUCGUGGGCGCUCUCUGCUACGCCGAACUGGGCACCACCAUCUCCAAAUCGGGCGGUGACUAUGCGUAUAUGCUGGAAGUCUACGGCUCGCUGCCCGCCUUCCUCAAGCUCUGGAUCGAGCUGCUUAUUAUCCGGCCUUCCUCGCAGUACAUUGUGGCGCUCGUCUUCGCCACCUACCUGCUCAAGCCGCUCUUCCCUACCUGCCCGGUGCCCGAGGAGGCCGCUAAGCUUGUGGCCUGCCUCUGCGUGCUGCUGCUCACGGCCGUGAACUGUUACAGCGUGAAGGCUGCCACCCGGGUCCAGGAUGCCUUCGCUGCCGCCAAGCUUCUGGCACUAGCCUUGAUCAUUCUGCUGGGCUUCAUCCAGAUCGGGAAGGGUGAUGUGUCCAAUCUGGAUCCCAAAUUCUCAUUUGAAGGCACCAAACUCGAUGUAGGAAACAUCGUAUUGGCAUUGUAUAGUGGCCUCUUUGCCUACGGGGGAUGGAACUACUUGAAUUUUGUCACAGAGGAAAUGAUCAACCCUUACAGAAACCUGCCCCUGGCCAUCAUCAUCUCCCUUCCCAUCGUCACCCUGGUGUACGUGCUGACGAACCUGGCCUACUUCACCACGCUGUCCACCGAGAAGAUGCUGACGUCAGAGGCUGUGGCCGUGGACUUCGGGAACUACCACCUGGGCGUCAUGUCCUGGAUCAUCCCCGUCUUUGUGGGCCUGUCCUGCUUUGGCUCCGUGAAUGGGUCCCUCUUCACGUCCUCCAGGCUGUUCUUUGUGGGGUCCAGGGAGGGCCACCUGCCCUCUAUACUCUCCAUGAUCCACCCGCAGCUCCUGACGCCCAUGCCUUCCCUCCUGUUCACGUGCAUCAUGACCCUGCUCUAUGCCUUCUCCAGUGACAUCUUCUCCGUCAUCAACUUCUUCAGCUUCUUCAACUGGCUCUGCGUGGCCCUGGCCAUCAUCGGGAUGCUGUGGCUCCGCUACAAGAAGCCCGAGCUGGAGCGGCCCAUCAAGGUGAACCUGGCACUCCCCGUGUUCUUCAUCCUGGCCUGCCUCUUCUUGAUUGCCGUCUCCUUCUGGAAGACCCCCGUGGAGUGUGGCAUCGGCUUUGCCAUAAUCCUCAGCGGCCUGCCUGUCUACUUUCUUGGAGUUACGUGGAAAAACAAGCCCAAGUGGCUCCUCCAGGGCAUUUUUUCCAUGACAGUCCUUUGCCAGAAGUUCUUGCAAGUGGUCCCCCAGGAGACGUAAAGGAGAAGAGCUGGGACUUGCAGAGCAGGGCCGGUUUCUGGGCAGACGGAAAAUGCACGAAGAUCAUUUUAAAACAACUCACCAACCUAAAAAGCUACCCGGCCCGUCAUCCAGGCAGCUCGGCUGAGUGCCCCGCGUCAUCCCUCCACCAGGUCAGGUGCUGGGGCCACUGUGAAAACUGGUACAAAUUUAUUCCCAGAAGACGAACUUUUAUCAAUAACUCUUCAAGAGUGCAAGGCACGAAUGUGGAACUAAGAAGAGGCUGGGCCUUGUGACCAACCGUGGACUUCUUGCCAUGUUGGGCUUCUAUCCCUUUCUACCUUUGUUUAUUUGAAUUUUCUUUUUUAACUUAAUUUUUGGGUCAAGUUGACGCCACAAUGAUGAUUAUGUUUUAAAGAAAUGGGGGCGGGCAGGAGGGGGGAAUCUUUUGUCCCUUAACACUACCAGCAGGAUGAUGUGCCUUCGGGACUGGCUCCUGUUGUGGGGUGUGACAGCUUCAGGCACAGUCUGUGGGAGGAGGGGUUCUGAGGGCUGAACACUACAGCUGCCAAUGAGCUACCGACACUUGGCCUUGCCGUGUGGACAGUGGGCUUGCACUGACAGACGCAUGUGUUUGGCUUUCCUAUUUUUUUUUCUUUUUUGUUAGACGAUGUAGUGACAUUGGGAAAACUAACCCUGGGUGUCUGUCUCUGCCUUAAAGACCUGAGGUCGAUCCAUCCCUCUGUAACACCUGGAAAGGAAAGAAAAUCUCAGUGAAGUGGCCACCUUUGGAGAGCUCUGCAGGAGAACAAAGGCUGAGUCUGACGCCAGCCCCAGCUCCAUAGAAGGAGCCAGUUCUGUGGCUGGUAGAGUUCCUAUUUGAGGUCACAGGCAUCCGUUUGAUCCUGGAGCUCUUCCCAGGACAUGCAGAGCAGCUAGACGCUGGUCAUUCAGGAUGCCAUGGAGCUCCUGACUUGGUGCUUCUGCCCUGGAUGGCAGCCUGAGCAAAGGCACAAAGGCAGGAGGAUGCGGGCUCUCCUGUGGGCGGGCAGUGGGGGCACUCCAGACCUGGCCUGCAGGUAACGCUGCCUCCCGAUCUGUGCUGCGUCUGGUUUGGGACUUAACUCUAGUUCUCUCAGACAAAGCUCCAGGCUUGAAAUCUAGCAACAGAUGCCGAGGCUCUUCAUGGGCUUCUCAUCCAGGUCUCCCAAGGCAGCCCCUUCCAGGAUCCCCAGAAUUGGCUUAAUGGCUGGAUGGCCACUCCAACAGGCUGACUGGGGCUGGCUUCCUGCUCCUGGCCAGGGUACCAUCGUCGCCUCCUGCCACCAGCAUGGUCUGUCCCGGACUCAAUUCCAAUCAGCAGAAGACAGAGCCAAGCCUUGCUCUCUGCUCCAACUCUGCACCUGCUCUGGAGGCCACCCUGACUCUCCAGGAGUCUUGACUCCCAGCACAGCACGCCUACCCCCGCUCCCCAGAGAGGCUGCGCUGGCAGGCUUUUGUCCUUGUGGCUCCUGUGGUGUUUUCCCACUGGGGGAAGCUGAAGCCCAGCUAACAGUCAGCCACCAGCUGGCUUUCCCGAGCUGUCACUGUCCAGGAAGCCUUCUUGGGGAGCAACAUCGGCUAAGGUCAGGUUGUCCUCCUCUAGGCUCCCGUGUUAGGUGCUGGGGGGCUCUGCCUUGACCUCUGACCACUCACUUUCUCCUGGAGGAGGUUGAGCGGAGCCCUCAGGUGUCAGGCUUCGUUGCUCAGCCAUGUGAGCUUUGAAUGGCGCAUCCAGCCAGCUGCCGCCCACCUGGCCCCAGGAUCCAGCCGUGAGGCUAAAGAGGAGUCAGCCGGGUGUCUCUCUCCCGACUGCAGGAGAGAAGCAGGCAAAGCUGGUUGGGAAACCUGUUCUAUCCUAUGACUUACGAUGUGUGAGGACAGACCUCCACGCAAGUCUCCUCAUCUUGGGGCCAUAUGUCACUUAUCUGGGGUGGAGCUCAAUAUAUGAGGGCAGAAAAGUCCCCAAGGCCGCUGACUGGAUGGGCCAUUCAAAGUUGCAAAGACCUGAUUCAAGCUUUCUGUGUUGGGCAGAAUCCCUGCCCUAGGCCUCAGUUUUCUCAUCUGCAAAUGGGGUCGGUAGUCAGUCAGUGAACCAGCUGCCUGGUGGUUCGUGCAUGUCUAGGAGACGACCUCGCAGUGACUGCGGCCCGGCGCGCAGGUGGCAGGACACUGCCUGGGGGGCAUGGCCCACCUGCCUUUUCAUGGGGAUCCAGCAACAUCUAAGCAGACUCUCUGCUUCCUCCCUUGGGGGGAGGGGCACUUGGGCUGCUGUUGUGCUUCAAAACUCUUGACUCUGGAAGGAGAGAGACGGCUUUGCCUGUCCAAACCAUGGCGACCUCCCCGAGUGGUCGUCUUCAGCAGCCCGUGGACAGGCGUGUGUCAUGGGGACUUGGGGCAGGAUCACUUCUGCAGGGGUAGGCUGGGGCUGGAGGGGGCACUGAGGGUCACAGGCAGUUCUGAAGUGUGGCUGGCUGUCCCGUGUCAGGGCUGGGACUUCUGCUGAAGGUGGGUUGGGGGCCCGGUCCAUGUUUCUUGGGGCUGUGUCUCCCAACUCACCCAGCCCAGGGGACGCACCUCAGCAGGUAGGGCCAGUCCAGGGCUGCACCCUCUGGUGCCUGCCUUCGGACACCUAGGGAGCAGAGACUUCACUUUUUCUGACCACUCUACUGACACGUGUCCCGAGCGUUCACAUUUGUGGGGAUUUUUUUUUUUUUAACCAAACCCCGGCAAUAACCAGCAAGCAUUUGUUCAGUGUUGUGCUGUUCUAUUUUGUCUUACGAUCUCACUAAUGUACAGGAUGCUGUCGGCGCCAUGUUUAUUUAUUUGCAGGGUCAGUUAAGCCUGGCUUCUCCGGCAUGUUUUUGCUGUCUUUGCGUCCUUGUCAGAGUUCCUUGCCACAUACAUCAGUGCUGUCACGGUGACAUUGUCAUUGGCCCGGCCAGAAUACCUCCACUAUGUAAUGACGUGUGUGGCUUCAGUGUCUCUUUCUCUUCUUGUGUUAAUGGCUAACCUGUUACACUUGGCUGGUUAGGGAUGGGGAGUUUUGUUUUUUAGUGUGUGGGUUUUUUGGUUUUUUGUUGUUUUUUUUUUUAAAGAAAAUGAUCAGAAUUGUAAGUACUGCUGGUGGCCUUCGUGUUCUUUCUUUCGGCGCCAAACUCUGGGAGCAGGAAU